CCCACAGGCCAGUAUAAAGCGCCGUGACCCUCAGGUGAUGCGCCAGGGCUGGCUGCCGUCGGGGACAGGGCUUUCCAUAGCCAUGGCCCAGCAGUGGAGCCUCCAAAGGCUCGCAGGCCGCCAUCCGCAGGACAGCUAUGAGGACAGCACCCAGUCCAGCAUCUUCACCUACACCAACAGCAACUCCACCAGAGACCCCUUCGAAGGCCCGAAUUACCACAUCGCUCCCAGAUGGGUGUACCACCUCACCAGUGUCUGGAUGAUCUUUGUGGUCAUCGCAUCCGUCUUCACAAAUGGGCUUGUGCUGGCGGCCACUAUGAAGUUCAAGAAGCUGCGCCAUCCGCUGAACUGGAUCCUGGUGAACCUGGCGAUCGCUGACCUAGCAGAGACCGUCAUCGCCAGCACUAUCAGUGUUGUGAACCAGAUCUAUGGCUACUUCGUGCUGGGCCAUCCUAUGUGUGUCCUGGAGGGCUACACCGUCUCCCUGUGUGGGAUCACAGGUCUCUGGUCCCUGGCCAUCAUUUCCUGGGAGAGAUGGAUGGUGGUCUGCAAGCCCUUUGGCAACGUGAGAUUUGAUGCCAAGCUGGCCAUUGUGGGCAUUGUCUUCUCCUGGGUCUGGGCUGCUGUGUGGACAGCCCCGCCCAUCUUUGGCUGGAGCAGGUACUGGCCCCAUGGCCUGAAGACUUCAUGCGGCCCAGACGUGUUCAGCGGCAGCUCGUACCCCGGGGUGCAGUCUUACAUGAUUGUCCUCAUGGUCACCUGCUGCAUCACCCCACUCAGCAUCAUCGUGCUCUGCUAUCUCCAAGUGUGGCUGGCCAUCCGAGCCGUGGCAAAGCAGCAGAAAGAGUCUGAAUCCACCCAGAAGGCAGAGAAGGAAGUGACGCGCAUGGUGGUGGUGAUGGUCCUGGCAUUCUGCUUCUGCUGGGGACCAUAUGCCUUCUUCGCAUGCUUUGCUGCUGCCAACCCUGGCUACCCCUUCCACCCUUUGAUGGCUGCCCUGCCAGCCUUCUUUGCCAAAAGUGCCACUAUCUACAACCCCGUUAUCUAUGUCUUUAUGAACCGGCAGUUUCGAAACUGCAUCUUGCAGCUUUUCGGGAAGAAGGUUGACGAUGGCUCUGAACUCUCCAGCGCCUCCAAAACGGAGGUCUCAUCUGUGUCCUCGGUAUCGCCUGCAUGAGGUCUGCCUCCUACCCAUCCCGCCCACCGGGGCUUUGGCCACCUCUCCUUUCCCACUCCUUCUCCAUCCCUGUAAAAUAAAUGUAAUUUAUCUUUGCCAAAACCAACAAAGUCACAGAGGCUUUCACUGCAGUGUGGGACCACCUGAGCCUCUGUGUGUGCAGGCACUGGGUCUCGAGAGGGUGCAAGGGGGAUAAAGAGGAGAGAGCGCUUCAUAGACUUUAAGUUUUCCCGAGCCUCAUGUCUACCGAUGGCGUGAAAGGAUCCUGGCAAAACGGAAGUGUGAGGCAGGUGGGCGUCUAUAUCCAUUUC